AUGGUUGAUAAUAAUGUCACUUUCAAAGAGGUUCGACUCCUCUCCUUGAACUUUUUCAUGCGGCCUCCGCUCAUUAAAAAUAAUUUCAGUGAUUAUAAAGAAGAAAGAUUGAAGUAUUUCAUUGAAAACGUUCUGCCUAUUUAUGACAUAAUUUGUCUUGAGGAAAUGUUUGAAUUCGGUAGUACUCGUCGUCAAAGAUUGUUGGAAGCAGCUUUUAAGGCUGGCUUCGAAUAUACUUGGACCUCCCCGAGGAGUACAAUAUUCAAUUUGUCCAUUGAUGGCGGUCUGGUUAUUAUAAGUCGUUUUCCAAUAAGAAGUCAAGAUAACAUCACUUAUCCAUAUGGAACUUAUAGUGAUAGGCUUGCGGCCAAAGGUGCCCUUUAUGUCAAGAUUGAAUUGGCCGAAGAUCAAUUUGUUCAUCUUUUCUCUACUCACACUCAGGCGUCUUAUGUCGCUUCUCCUCCUCUAUCGGAUAAAUCGGUGCUUGUGCGUGAACAACAAUUUUUCCUCCUUCGUCAAUUCAUCGACAAAGUCAUCGUGAGUAGGCGAUCACACGAGCCAAUAAUUCUGGUGGGCGACCUGAACGUUAAUUCUCGUCCUCCGCCUGAUUCUUCCAAUCCUUCAAGUGUGAAGGGAGACAGUCAAGAGUACCUGAACAUGAUAAAAAUUUUGGAUGGUGAAGGAAUACAUGAGGAGGGUUCCACCGUUAAAUACUCGAAUAAAAAGAUUAUCAGUGUAAGGGACAUGAUUAAAGAACGUUGCGGAAUUCACCCAAUCACUUUUGCUGAUGUGUUGAAAGAUGAUGAAGGGAAGAUAAUUCCUAGAGAGGUCGUUCUGACCUCGAAAGACGAUUUAUUAGCUCAGGCCAGUUUGGACUAUAUUUUACUAAUCGAUGACGAUCCUAAUAUUAACGAUUCGGGGAAAAUAAGACUUGAUCUUCAGAGAACAGGUGUUCAAGAAUUCUUUAUAAAAAAUCAACCGUUCUCUCAAUUGUCUGAUCACUACGGUGUCAGUACAAUUUUAUGCGUCAAUCUGUGA